AUCAAUUCAGACUUACGAGUUGCGAGUUUGUACACCGAGCAGAGAUCGUUCGCAUGCAUCCCUCUCAUCGUCCUCCGACCAGACUCAGGAGUGUAUUGCACAGUUCAAGCGGAUCGGGGGGUAACCAUGGACGUUAUACGCCUCACAAUCGCAGCAAUGGGCAGAAUUUUAUUUGCUCAGGUGUCGGGACUUGUCAACGAGCUGUCCAUCGGGCUAACGUCGGAUAUAACAGGGGGUCAAGGGAAUAGAAGACCUGUAAAAUCCCUGGUUGUCGGGAGACCUAUCCUGCUUGCCUUGGAAGAUAUUGAUGGAAGCCCUUCUUUCCUGGAGAAGGCUCUUUGCUUCAUAGAGAAUCGUGGGGGGCAUAACCAGUUUGAGCCAGAUGAAGACGCUCAUGCCAUUGGAGACUGUAUAAAGCACGAGUUGAGGGAGUUGCCAUCUUCACCAGUGCCCACCCCGUGCUGCACUGCUCUUCUUAAAGCUCCUAGUCGGGCAUCGGUCGUUUCCUCUCCUGAUCUGCCCGCUCUCCGCGAACGCUUAAGGAUGCUGUUGAUUCUGGUGCUAUGUUGCCUCCAGCUCGGUGCUUGCGCCGUUGGUAAGGAGGAUACCAUAUUCGGAGAAAUAAGCAGAAACGAGACUCUUGAUGAGACUCUCCAGGAUCCAGAUUUUGAUGCACGUGCAGAAUUGGCCGGGAAACAGCAUGGCAGCAUCAACAGCGAGAGGGGACUUCCUCUGGCUUCCUCCGUCAAAGCGCAUAUGGACCACCAACAAGCACAUGGCGGUCAAAGGAGCGAGCGAGAGCUGCAACAGUUUAGACUUCAGAACGAAGCCGUCGACACUUUGUUAACGAAUCGUCAUGAGCCUCUCCAUCGUUUUCAGGAAGAAUCUGCACACUCCAGAGGAAUAUCUCGCACUUUGCUCCAAGACAGCUUCGGGGAGGCCGAUGUGCUCCUGCAAUUCAAGACCGAAAUCGAAAACUACACGGACAACGCUUUGGAUGGAUGGACAACGGGGAAUCGUUCCACCUACUGCUUGUGGACGAGGGUCAUCUGCGACGAUGAGCUGCACGUGAUCUCCCUCAACUUCUCCGGGCUGCAGAUGCACGGCACUUUGGGUCCUUCGUUGGGCAACCUCGAAUACCUCGAGGACCUCGAUCUGAGCCACAAUUUCCUGUCGAGCAAGCUGCCCGUGGAAUGGGGCCAGCUGCAGAGGCUGCAGACCUUGAUCGUCCAUGACAAUUUUCUCUUCGGUGCAGUUCCUGCAGAGUACGGCAACAUGUCCAGCUUAAGGAUUCUCUACAUCGGAGUGCAGGGCUGGUUCUUCAAUGGAUCCAUUCCGGAGGAGUUGGGUCUGCUCUCUGAACUCGAGGUUCUGGCCCUGGGCUCUCUUCAAUUUCGACGCCAAGCAAGAGUACUACCCUUACCUGUCGAAUAUGAUGAGAGGUUCCAUUCCCAAGUCCAUCGCCAACUGCACGAAGCUGUGGUACUUGGAUUUCUUCGGUAACAACUAUCUGACGGGUCCCAUUCCGAGAGAGUACGGCCAGCUCGUCAAUCUGGAGUAUCUGAGCUUCGACCGGAACAAUUUCACAGGCUCCAUCCCAUCCGAGCUGGGCAACCUGACGAAGAUCAAGUAUCUGCACUUGGGAAACAAUGCCCUGGAGCUCGAGUUCCCCGUGGAGUUGGCAUCGCUGUCGGAGCUCGAGUUUCUGAACGUGGAGAGCAACUUCCUGACAGGAAAUUUUUUGACAGUGGAAUCCACUUCGUGGGGUCGGCUAGAAAAGCUCUUCAUCGACGGCAACAACUUUCGUGGCGGCUUUCCCAGAGCUGUGACGGCCAUGACGGCGCUGACGAUGUUUGACAUGUCCAGCAAUGAGUUCACCGGCAGCCUCCCCGAGGACCUGGGGCAGCUGGCCAACCUCCGAGAGUUCAGCUUCGGCAACAACCAGCUGGACGGAGAAUUGCCUAAGAACCUCAACAACUGCACGCAGCUCCAAGCGCUGGACGCAGUGGGCAACAAACUAACGGGCACGCUGGAGCCGCUGAGAAACCUCUCGCUGCUCGUUAAUCUGGGCGCAGCGAAUAACAAUCUCACGGGUACGCUGGAGCCGCUGAGAACCCUCUCGCAGCUCGAAUCACUGUACGCAGCGAACUACAGGCUCACGGGCAUGCUGGAGCCGUUGAGAAACCUCUCGCAUCUCGUUCACUUGUAUGCAUCUAACAACAGGUUCACGGGCACACUGGACCCGCUGAGAAACCUCUCGUUGCUCGUUAUGCUGGGUGCAGAGAACAAUAGGCUCACGGGCACGUUGGAGCCGCUAAGAAACCUCUCGUUGCUCGAAAACCUGCUCGCAGGGAACAAUAAUCUCACGGGCACGCUGGAGCCGUUGAGAACCCUCUCGCGGCUCGGAUCCCUGUACGUAGCGAACAACAGGCUCACGGGCACGUUGGAGCCGCUGAGAAACUUCUCGCAGCUCGGAUCCCUGUACGCAUCGAACAACAGGCUCACUGGCACGUUGGAGCCGUUGAGAAACCUCUCGUUGCUCUCUGCCGUCAUAACGUACUUGCUCCUGAACAACAACAACUUCCAAGGCCCCAUUCCCGCCGAGCUCGGUAAGCUGCGGAACUUGAUAUUGAUCCUCCUGCACAAUAACGGGCUGUCGGAGUCCAUACCCACGAGCUUGGCCGACCUGAAGAACAUCCAAGAGAUCAAUCUGAGCAACAAUUUUCUGACGGGAGGAAUCCCUCCAGAGUUGGGGCGAUUGCUGUACAUAGAGUAUCUCAUCCUCCACAGCAACAACCUCACGGGAACCAUUCCCGCGUCUCUGACGAACUGCAACUACCUGAGAAACAUCAGGCUGAGCAACAACAAGCUCACGGGCAAUGUGACUCAGAUUGACUUCUUGCAGUUUCGAUUCCUCGAGAGCUUUUCUGUCAACGGGAACCAGCUGGGCGGAGAGUUUCCCGUGAGCAUGUACAACUGCACGAAUCUAAUGCUCCUGGAUCUGAGCAACAAUGAAUUCUCAGGGGAGCUCCCGGACAACUACGAGUACUCUCAGCCAGUGCUACGCAAAUUGCGAGUUUUGAAACUAUCAUCCAACGAAUUCGGCGGCCGCGUGCCUGGCUGGAUCUGGAAGCUACCGGAGCUGCAAGUGCUUGACUUGUCGCACAACUCAUUCACGGGAGUCUGGCCCACCAAUCUCUCGGGGUUGGAAGGCUUUAGUCACCUUCAAGCGUCGCCAGACGACGCCGGGGGAGACAGCAGGGCCAUCCACGUAAUCCUCCCCGAACGGGUCGAGGUGGAGGGGAGAGGAUUGCUCGAGCAAAUCUCCAUUGAGGCCAAAGGUUCGCGACUUGAACUCGAGUACGUCCUCAAGACUCUGUUCUCCAUCGACCUGUCAUACAACCAGCUCUCCGGGAGGCUUCCGUAUGCGCUUGGAGAGCUGCGCGGGUUGACGUACUUGAAUCUGACACACAAUAAUUUCUCGGGCGAAAUCCCUCAGGUUUUCGGAGAUCUAUUACGUCUCCAGUCGUUGGAUUUGUCGGCCAACUAUCUCACGGGGAAGAUUCCUUUGGUGCUGAGCACGCCCAGCUUGAGCUAUCUGAAUCUCUCUUACAAUUUCCUCGAGGGCGAGAUCCCCACGGCGAAUGCUUUCUCCACGAGGUAUGACAUAUCGUCCUUCAAGCCCGGAAACGAUCAGCUCUGCGGGGCCCCGCUCGACACCACUUGUGAGGCGCAAGUUAGCAACGCAAGCGGAAGCUCGGCCACACUCAGGGCUCUGUCGUUCAAGCUCCUGGAUGGUACAUUCUGGCGGGCCUUCGAGAUCGGAAUUCCGAUCGGGGUUGUGAUUGUGAUCGGGGUCGUGAUCGGAACGCUGAGAACAAUGCCCUGCGCACGACACUGGCUACUGAAUACUCAAGACUUCGCUCGCCAUUUCAAGGACGGUAGAUACGGAGUGUUCAACGAACAGACAUAGAGCAAAUCAUUCAGCAGUUGAUUGCUGCGUACGCGACCGCUCUUUUUGCACCCACUGGACCCCGGGGUCCAGCUGGGGCUUACGAGAUUCUGCAUGAAUGGGGACUCGUUGCCCGCCAUACACAUGUGCUACUGGUGCUGAGCCUAGCACAGCGUUGUUUGCACUGAGUUGUUCCAAUUGGACUGUGUAAAGUAGAGCCAGAUUCCACGACGAAUCAUGAUUGCAGGAUUUCAUACUCCCCUCGGUAGAGUUUGUCUCCACGUUGCAAAAGAGUCAAUGUAAUAUACAGGCUUGGAGCUUUGACUAGGUGCCACGAACCAUUUGUUUGAGAUAUCCCCUGUAAAUACACUUAGUAUAUAGGUUCUAUUGAGUAUUUAUACUUAAACAUUGUAUAGAUUAUCGUCUUUUAUGUAUGUUCAUAAAGCUUCCU